GUUUCCGAUACUACAGAGGAGAUUACCAUUGGUGGGAACCAGGAGGAGGAAAGCCAAGGGGACAUAUCAGACCCGGAGCUGAGGUGGCUCCAAAAAACCCAGCAACUCAAGGUGGGACUCUCUCCACUCCUUUUCAUGUUAUGAUCUCAUUCACUUUCUCCUGUGUGUGUUUUUGGUGAGGGUUGCUUACCACAACACCCGAUUGCCUUAUAACGCAUAACUGCCAGCGAGGGGCUUUCUGCUCAAUAUGAAAAUACCUGCACAGUGGGUUCACUACUGUCACCUGGGAUUUUCAUUUUACCCCCGCAACAGACCCAAUCUACGUCUGAUAGGGUUGUCGAGGCACAAUAGGGCCUUAGCCCAAAAACUGUCCUGAAAGGGAGCCUCUACAGGCGGGAAAAAGCGAGGGGAAUGGAGAAACAUCAUUAUUUUGAGCACUUGAGCGGUCACCCUAAUGCCUUGGCAGAGGAGAGGAGUGUAAAUAUUUUCCCAUUAGAAUGAGGGAAAAUUGGUGUUUGCUAAAUCAGAGGCAUUAGAUGCUGAGGCACACAGCCUCGGAGCCCGGCAGAAUAAUUUGGGAAAGCCAUGCUACCAGGAUCUCCAACAUUACAUGAAAGGCCCUCUAUGGCCAUGACAAAAGCCACAAAGCAUCAGUUACUGUCACGGUUUCGGCCGAGGCUGCCUCUCUUCCUUGUUCGGGCAGGCUUCGGCGUUCGUUGUCUCCGGAAUACUAGCUGCCACCGUUGUAUGUUUCAUGUUCGUCUGCUUUUGUCUGUUUGUUGUGACACCUGUUCUCGUUUAGCGUAAUUAGUGUCCUAUAAGUUUCUCGUUGUGUUUGUCUAGUGUUGUGUGUUAUUGAUUUUGGUCUGUCGUGUGUUGGGCUUAUUUUAGCUAUUUAGCUCGGUUGAGCUUCCCUCCACUGCGUUGGAGUGUUUACGCACCUGUUAGUGCGCUUUUGUUUUGUUCGCCUUCGUGCGUAAUUUCGCCUUCGGGCAAGUCGUGUCGUAUUCUCCUUGUUGGAGAUUUACUAAAGUCUGUUGGACUAUACUUCGGUGUCCUGCGUUUGAUUCCACCACUACACCCACCUACAGCACUCGUGACAGUUACAUAGGGAAAGAGGGGUAUUUCUUCCGUAUUUUGGGUAAAAUCUUCCAGCCAUCGUCCCACUGAUACGUUGAGUUAAGGAACAGAUGAUACCACUCUUAUGUUGUUCACAAAUUGAGAGUUUUAUGUUUUAUAAAAAACAUUUUAAGUGUAUUUUUUGGUGUUCAUGGUGUCUCAAUCAUGGGAAGUACAUUCUGAUGUAUUUUCCCAAAGCUUAUUUCAUAUGAUAUCUUGUUAAUGAAAGAACAUUUCCAGUACGUUGGCGUCCUCCUGGUUCUUAAAAUAUUUGAUUAUUUCCCUAUUUUCCUUGGUCAAAUAGGGUCCUUGUUAGAUGUAUUACAUGGGACUCAUCAAUCAAGCGUUAGCAUAUUUUAACCAAUGCAGGAAGUCCUGAUUUUCACAACUUGUUUGACCUCCAUUUCCUACAUCAUUGAUAUUGAACUUGUAUAUUUUGUUCCUUAUUGUCGUUGUUGAGCUGAUCAUAUUGCUGUUAGCCUAUUGGUUGCUGUGAUGUUAUUCCAAAUGUGAGUUCCGUUAUUUCCAACGUCUUCUCACAGGUAACUCAGAUCUCCAAAGAAAAGCAAGCUCAGCAGAGAGCGAACCCCAAACCCCCCAGUGAGAAGAGACUCCCGGCUCAGGGGGUCAAAGCCAGGCCAAGAGACUGCUACCUGAGUCCCCCCACCGACACCCCCAGAACUGCAGCCAUGACCCAGGCUCACUCCCACCCCCACCCCCACCACCACCACCAACCCCAGCACUCACCCCACCUCCAGGCACUCAGUGACACAGAUUCCCAGUCUAGCACACUGGAUACCUGGCCACACCAGCCCCAACGCAUCCCCUUAACACAGUCCCCCACCGUCCACCCCAACAUCAACCUCAACACCUCGUCCGAGCUCCUCCCUUUCAUGCACCGCAAUCACCAGGACGCCGUUCUCACCAUAACCUUGCCCUGUAGUGGCCCCAGCCCCCAAAGGAAGCCACAGUCAAUAGACGGGUAUAGGCCUAACGUCAACGUACCGCUUAGGAACGCCAUCCUCGUCAACCCUUACUCCCACCCAAGCCCUCACCCCUCUCCCCAAGACGGUUUAUUACAGCUGGCUUUGGUUCCACAGGCUGCUGUGUCUCCACCGAGCCCAGGUUGGGGCUCUCGCUGCAGGCAGGGCUUCCCAGGGAUGCCCCCUCUCUGCCAGGGCAGCAGAGAACCACUGCACCUCUGGCACCAGGAGAACGCCCCAUGGCAGCGUGAAAACCACAGUGUCCUGCAGUAUGAUGAUGAGGAUAGUCACAGGUCUACUUACACCGCCCAGACACAACACUCCUCCGGCUCCUACACAGUGCUGCCCCCUAUAGGUAAAACAACAAUGGGAGACCCUGAGCUAGGCCGUGACAGAGCUGCACAGAGAUUCACCUCCAUGCAGAGAAGCAGCUCUGAGGGCUACCUGGCACAGAUGAGGAGAGAGAAACAACUGAAGGAGAGGAUAACUUACAAGGUGUGUGUGUGCGUGCAUAUGUGUGUGUGCGUGUGUGUGUUAACUUUAGCACACUAUGUGUGUGUUAAUCGUUAAUUGCCACACUAACAAGCCAGGGCAUGGUUACCUUUCUCAAUACAGUUAACGGGCUAAUAACGGGCUAAUUACAUGACAGCCAUUUGCCUAAUCUCAAAGGGCAUAAUCAGAGUCGCGCAAGUUGCACAAACAACCAUUUUGAGACGUGUAAGAGAAUAAGGUGAAUAAAAGAGAGAGAGGGAGGCAAGGGGCGGCUAAAGACGGCCAUUUACAUGUAAUGACGGCCUCUGUCGUUGGCCUGCUUGAGCCCUGCAGGUGUGUCCCACUGAGGAACAGAGAAAGUCAGCCCUGCUCCCAUAAGGUAGUGUAGCACAGACUAGAGACAUCCACAUACAGUAGUAGACAUUCGCUUUCUAAGACAAAACACUCAGUUAAUGUUAUAACGUAGCCUACUAUUUUUAUUUAUUAGAUAACUUAAAUAGAUAUUCUACUGAUAAUUGUUAAGGUACCAAUUAAUCCGAGAAAAUUACUUUAAUCAUGUUAUUACUGUUACAGGCUUUGGUUUUUUCAUUUAUGUUUUGAGGUUGGACUUUAGUGGAAAGGUGGGAAGGUGUUUCACCUGUGCUGGCCCAGGUGCUAUUUAAGAGUGGCUGGCCCAGUGCUCCAGUUAUCUUAAUAGAUGCGGAUUAACGUCUUUAGUUGGCACGCCCUAUUUUGAUUUCGAGACAAACAAUCCUUUAUCUGAUUUCCCUGAUUUCAUUUGCACCACCUUUUUGGUUUGCUUCCUGUCUUUAUGUUUGGUGUGGGUUUUUCUUUUGUUUACCUCUUUUUGGGAAAAUUUAGUGGGCGCUCAUGGUGGGUGUCUUUUAGGUUCCAGUUGUUGUUGCUAGUCAACUUUCAGUGGACACCCCCAUGAGUGUUUUUCAGAACCCCUCCUAAACCCCACCUGUUUCGUUUUAGUUGUUGGUCAGUGACUCUUUGUUAGUUCCCCCUUCUGUUUGAGCGACAUUUUUGGUUUUCUAGCUGUGGAACGUAAUGGGGGCUCGUCCGGGAUUUUAUUUCCCAUGAGUAUGGUAGUCGCUCUAGUCACCUACUCUGAAGCUCUGCUGUGCCCAAAUAUUUGAGUGUUCAAAAUACACUUUUGUGGUAGCAUUUCUGUCACUGACAUGCACCUUGAGGGGUUACAAGAUUGGUGGAAUCAUUUUGAAAGUUGCAUAAACACACAGGCUAAUAAAAAUAAAGCCAUGGACUUUAAGUUGGAAGCAUUUGUGGAAAACCCUACAUGGGAGAUGCUAGAUAAAUGUACUAAGGCGAAUCUCCUCAUCAUUGCAAAGCAUUAUGACAUCAAGGUGGCAUCUGGCGAUCUGAAAGCAGUGGUCAAAGAGUUGAUCGAUACUGUUUUGGUGGAGGAGGUAUUCCUCUCGGAGAGAGAGGCUGAUGAAAAAGGUACUACGGGUAGUGGGGUGAGUCCCAUAGACGUGCAACUGUGGGAGUUAGAACUAAAGGCAAAGUUGGGGCAACAGAAAUUAGAGCUUGAACAACAGAAAUUAGAGCUCGAGCAGAAGGAAAGAGAAUGUGAAUAGAGGUUGGAACAACAGAAAUUGGAGUUUGAGCACAGGGAAAGACAAGCUGAGUGUGUAGCCAAACAACAAUAGCGUGCAGCCAGACAAGAAUAAGAAGAACGUGUGCAUGUCAUUCGAUUAAAAGAGAUGGAGCUGGAAGCGCGACAAAGGGAGAUAGAUGGCCGCAAUAUAUUUGGUCACUGUUCCUCCAAAGUGUUCUUGUGGGAUAAGCUCAGAAAGUGUAUGCCGCCUUAUCUCUUGACCAGAGUUCAGACUAUGACACUGUUAAAGCUGCUAUCCUUCAGGCUUACGAGCUGGUCCCAGAGGCAUACAGACAACAGUUCCGUAAAUUACGAAAGACAGAAUCACAAAACCAUGUUGAGUUUGCAAGGGAACAAGCAUGUAUUUUUGAUUGGUGGUGUGGUUCUCAAGAGGUCAAGGACCUUGAGGAUUUAAAGAUUCUCAUACUUCUCGAGCAGUUCAAGAAUUGCCUUAACGAAAGGGUUGCUAUCUAAUAUUUAUGAGCACAAGGAUCUCACUCUUGAGAAAGCUGCAGUUCUUGUAGAUGAGUUUGUGUUGACACAUAAAACUACCUUCACAAAUAAAGCACCAAGUAGUUAUCCUUACGCAAAAAGCAAUCCAGAGAAGUCACAUCCUACUGCGAGGUUUCAGUCCAUUUCUACAGUGCCCAAAGAUAAAGAUCGGCAGAAAACUGUUUUUUUUUGUAUCCGCCAGUUUGUCAUUACUGCCGUGAGAAAGGACACGUUGUCUCUCAGUGUCCUAAGUUGAAACAGAAAAAUGAGAGAGAGAAAAAAACGUUAUUCUUGUGGGAGCACUCCAGCCCAUUAAGUCUCUGGUUGGGACUGGUGUAUCUGUCACACCCUGGCUCUGGGGACUCUAUAUGUUGAGCCAGGGUGUGUAAAUUAUAUGUGUUUAUGUUCUGUGUGGGAGUUCUAGUUGUGGUAUUUCUAUGUUGGCCAGAGUGGCUCCCAAUCAGAGGCAACGAGUGUCAGCUGUUGCUGGUUGUCUCUGAUUGGGAGCCAUAUUUAAACAGUCUGUUUCCCUUAGUGUUUGUGUGAUCUUGUUCCGUUUGGUUUGUUUCCGUGUCGGUUGUGUUAGACCGAGGACGUCACGUUUUCGUUUUGUUGUUUUGUUCGUGCAUUCAUUAUAUAAAUAAAAUAUGUUUGCAACUAACGCUGCGCAUUGGUCUACUCCGUAUAACGAUCGUGACAGUAUCUCCUAAACAAGAUUUUGGAUCAGAUGUGUAUAAACCCUUUGUUUCAGACGGGUUCGUGUCUGCAGAGUGGCGAUGCUGUUAAGCAGCCGUUUAAGAUACUGUGAGACACUGAGGCAGCCCUUCAUUUUGGAGGGUGUUUUGCCUUUGUCUGACAUUUCAGCAACUGGUUACAGUAUGUUAGUACAAGGUGUGGAGAUGGGUUGCAUGGAAGUUCCUUUGUAUAAUGUGGAACUCGAGUCUGAUCUUAUUUCUAGUUCCGUUGUCGUUGGAGUGAGGCCUAGCCUACCAGUGAAGGAGGUCUCAUUCAUUUUGGGAUUCGAUUUGGCUGGAGGGAAGGUCCUGCCAAAUCCUGUUGUUUGUAAGUAGUCCUCCUGAGUGGCGCAGUGGUCUAAGGCACUGCAUCGCAGUGCUAACUGUGCCACUAGAGAUCCUGGUUCGAAUCCAGGCUCUGUCGCAGCCGGCCGCGACCGGGAGACUCAUGGGCGGCGCACAAUUGGCCCAGCGUCGUCCAGGGUAGGGGAGGGAAUGGCCGGCAGGGAUGUAGCUCAGUUGAUAGAGCAUGGCGUUUGCAACGCCAGGGUUGUGGGUUCAAUUCCCACGGGGGGCCAGUAUAAAAAAAAAUAUGUAUUCACUAACUGUAAGUCGCUCUGGAUAAGAGCGUCUGCUAAAUGACUAAAAUGUAAAUGUAAAAAUGUAAGGAAAACAGAGUAGACAAACCUGAUGGGUUAUCAGAAAAGUACCCUAGAGUGUUCCCAGCGUGUGCCGUUACACAUGCUAUAUCUAAGAAAGUCAACGGGAGCAAGUCUAGUGUGGAGGAGGAUGUUCGCGAUCCCACCAUGGCCGAUUUGUCUGAGACGUUUAUGGGUGAUCCUGAUUUUGCUAAACCUCCUGAGUUGACCUCUUCUUUGAAAACCCUAAAGGUAAGUGAGUUUGUAGGACCGCUGAAGGAAGAGAGGGUCCCUACAGUUGACACUUCGAUGUCUAGGAAGCAGCUGAUUGCAGAACAUAGUGAAGAUGUUUCCCUCUCCCCUCUUUUUGCUGAGAUACAGUACCAGUCAAAAGUUUGGACACACCUACUCAUUCAAAUUUUUUUUUUUUUUGUACUUUUUUUUUUUCAUUUAAGAAUAAUAGUGAUGACAUCAAAACUAUGAAAUAACACAUACAGUUGAAGUCGGAAGUUUACAUACACUUAGGUUGGAGUCAUUAAAACUCGUUUUUCAACCACUCCACAAAGUUCUUGUUAACAAACUAUAGUUUUUGCAAGUCGGUUAGGACAUCUACUUUGUGCAUGACACAAGUAAUUUUUCCAACAAUUGUUUACAGACAGAUUAUUUCACUUAUAAUUCACUGUAUCACAAUUCCAGUGGGACAGAAGUUUACAUACACUAAGUUGACUGUGCCUUUAAACAGCUUGGAAAAUUCCAGGAAAUUAUGUAAUGGCUUUAGAAUCUUCUGAUAGGCUAAUUAUCACCAUUUGAGUCAAUUGGAGGUGUACCUGUGGAUGUAUUUCAAGGCCUACCUUCAAACUCAGUGCCUCUUUGCUUGACAUCAUGGGAAAAUCAAAAGAAAUCAGCCAAGACCUCAAACAUUUUUUGUAGACCUCCACAAGUCUGGUUCAUCCUUGGGAGCAAUUUACAAACGCCUGAAGGUACCACGUUCAUCUGUACAAACAAUAGUACGCAAGUAUAAACAACAUGGGACCACGCAGCCGUCAUACCGCUCAGGAAGGAGACCCGUUCUGUCUCCUAGAGAUGAACGUACUUUGGUGCGAAAAGUGCAAAUCAAUCCCAGAACAACAGCAAAGGACCUUGUGAAUAUGCUGGAGGAAACAGGUACAAAAGUAUCUAUAUCCACAGUAGAACGAGUCCUAUAUCGACAUAACCUGAAAGGCCGCUCAGCAAGGAAGAAGCCACUGCUCCAAAACCGCCAUAAAAAAAGCCAUAUUACGGUUUGCAACUGCACAUGGGGACAAAGAUCGUACUUUUUGGAGAAACAAAAAUAGAACUGUUUGGCCAUAAUGACCAUCGUUAUGUUUGGAGGAAAAGGGGGAGGUAGCUUGCAAGCCAAAGAACUCCAUCACAACCGUGAAACACGGGGGUGGCAGCAUCAUGAUGUGGGGGUGCUUUGCUGCAGGAGGGACUGGUGCACUUCACAAAAUAGAUGGCAUCAUGAGGAAGGAGAAUUAUGUGGAUAUAUUGAAGCAACAUCUCAAGACAUCAGUCAGUAAGUUAAAGCUUGGUCGCAAAUGGGUCUUCCACAUGGACAAUGACCCCAAGCAUACUUCCAAAGUUGUGGCAAAAUGGCUUAAGGACAACAAAGUCAAGGAAUUGGAGUGGCCAUCAAAAUGCCCUGACCUCAAUCCUAUAGAAAAUGUGUGGGCAGAACUGAAAAAGCGUGUGCGAGCAAGGAGGCCUACAAACCUGACUCAGUUAAACCAGCUCUGUCAGGAGGAAUGGGCCAAAAUUCACCCAACUUAUUGUGGGAAGGCUACCCAAAACAUUUGACCCAAGUUAAACAAUUUAAAGGCAAUGCUACCAAAUACUAAUUGAGUGUAUGUAAACUUCUGACCCACUGGGAAUGUGAUGAAAGAAAUAAAAGCUGAAAUACAUCAUUCUCUCUACUAUUAUUCUGACAUUUCACAUUCUUAAAAUAAAGUGGUGAUCCUAACUGACCUCAGACAGGGAAUUUUUACUAGGAUUAAAUGUCAGGAAUUGUGAAAAACUGAGUUUAAAUGUAUUUGGCUAAGGUGUAUGUAAACUUCUGAUUUCAACUGUAUGGAAUCAUGUAGUAACCAAAAAAGUGUUAAACAAAUCAAAAUAUAUUUGAGAUUUGAGAUUCUUCAAAUAGCCACCAUUUGCCUUGAUGACAGCUUUGCACACUCUUGGCAUUUAUAUAAAGUUGUUCUUACCUAGCUAAUUGCUGUAGACUUAAGUUAUUGACGGUUCUUGCGCCACUUCGGGCAAGACGAUUGGCCCAGUGUAUCUCAAAUUGUCGUUCCAGUUACGCUUCGACAAGAGAUACUGAGGCUACCUCACGAUGGUAGUUUGGCAGGCAAUCUGACCUGGUCUGAAACAGAAUGUUGUGGCUUACUGUAAAUCAUGUCACGUUUGCCAGCGGACGGGUAAACCGAACCAUGUUGUACUGGUUGCACCUUGGCAGCCUAUUCCUGCUUUUGACGAACCUUUCAGCAGGGUUCUGGUGGACUGUGUUGGUCCUUUGCCCAAAGCCAAGAGUGGUAACCAGUUUCUCUUAACCAUCAUGUGUGCUGCCACUCGUUUCCCUGAGUCCAUUCUACUGAGGAAAAUCACAGCUCCUGGUAUUGUUAAGGCCCUGGUGAAAUGUUUUCAACGUUUGGCUUCCGCAGGCAGUGCAGUCAGACCAAGGGUCGAAUUUCAUGUCAAAGGUAUUCCAGCAAAUGCUACAACAUUUGGGUGUAACCCAUUGCCCCUCUAGUGCCUACCAUCCAGUCUCAAGGUGCUCUUGAGAGAAUUUAUCAGACUUUGAAGUCUAUGUUGAGAGCUUACUGCUUUGAGUUUGAGAAAGACUGGGAUGAAGGGGUCCCUCUUGUGCUGUUUGGACAUCAUGUCAGAGGUCAUUUGAGUUUGCUGAGAAAGUGGUUGUUGCAGUGCGACACCUUAAAAACAAAUCUGUUGGAGCACGUUAGCGCUUUUUAAUACAGUUUGCCAAUGAAAAUCUGUAGAGGGCGCAAACGAAAAUGAAAGUUUGGUACGAUUGGAAUGCCUGAAACCGCACUUUCGAUGUGGGUGACCAAGUCCUGGUUUUGUUGCCCGUUCUAGGGUCACCGUUGCAGGCUCACUUUUCAGGCCCUUACCCCAUAGUGAAAAAAAUGUGUAAUAUGGGUUACAUCAUCGCCACACCGGUGCACAGAAGAAAAACCAGGCUGUGACAUGUUAACAUGUUGAAACCAUACUUCACCCGCUACGAUUGGGUGACGAAGUCGGUGGAAACCGGUAGUGAUGUUCUGCCUGUGGCCACUGUUGUCACCGUUGACUAUUAGCUUCCUCAAGAGUCCGAGGAAAGCCCAAUACCAAAUUUAAAGACAGGAAGCAAACCAAAAAGGUGCAGCAAAACGAAAUCAGAGAAAUCAUAUAAAGGAUUGUUUGUCUAGAAAACUAAAUAGGGAGAGCCAACUAAAGGUGUUAACCCUCCGCAUCUAUAAGUGCUAAAGUCCAACCUCAAAACAUGGAAAUACCCAAGCCUGUAACACCGGCUUUGGUUUUUCCAUGUUUUGAGGUUGGACUUUAGCACGUAUAGCUCAUUAGCACGUAGGGCGCACCAAUUGGUGUCACCUCGUUAGUUAGUAUGUGUUACACCUGUGCUGGUUGCCAUCUCGUUAGUGGGAAGGUGUUUCACCUGUGCUGGCCCAGGUGGUAUUUAAGAGUGGCUGGUCCAGUGCUCCAGUUGUCUUGAUAGAUGCGGAGGGUUAACACCUUUAGUUGGCGCUCCCUAUUUAGAUUUCUAGACAAACAAUCCUUUAUCUGAUUUCUCUGAUUUUGUUUUGCUCCACCUUUUUGGUUUGUUUCCUGUCUUUAAGUUUGGUGUGGGUUUUUAUUUUGUUUGCAUAACAAAAGCUCUUUCUCCCGCAUUUGAUAGCGGUAGCUGUCCACGGUUCUGAAACAUCAGUGCGCUGUUGAAUUGGCGCCUUUUCCUAGACCAUGUUGCUAUGUGCAUAAUAGCAAAGUUAACCAGCAUAUUGGUGUUGAGAACAAUGCGGCGGAGGCAGCAGCAGCAUUAGGAGACGAGAAAACAGCCCUUGCCUUAAAUGUCUAAGAAAAGUGGGGAAAGAGGAAACCCCAACUUAAUUAGGUCUAUAAUCAAUAGCUUAACUGUUAAAUGUGCCUGGCUUUAUAAAUCAACCAUAUAUAUCUACAGAAAUAAGACAGAUCCUGCUUGUGUUGCCUGUUUGAGUGUUUGUUGAAUAGCCUACUGAUUCUGUGAGGACCAAGCCUCAUGCAACACAACAUGUCGGAUAAACAAUUUCGCAAAUUUGGCUGUUUUAAUCUUUGCUAUGCUGUAAUAAAAGCUUUCCACUUUUGUUUUGUUAGAACAGCCUCUCUGGUAUUACUUAUGAUUUAUUUUGUGUUGUUUUCACUGUUCCAAAUUGUCAGAAAAAAUAAUAUUAAUAAUAAUAAUAACCAUCCUUUUUCUACUAUUAUUAUUAUGAUCACCAUUAUAAUAAUAAGUAAUGUCAUUAUUAUUAGUAGGCUUAGGCCUAUAACUACCAUCGAGCUGUAGACCUAAGAGCGCACCCUGUUUAGUCUUAAUACCGUAACUUAUUUAGGCCUAUAUUUCAAUACUUAUAUAGGCUACUGUACCAAUCAAUCAUUAAUUCGUUCAUGUCAUCACACAGCAUACGAGUCAUUCAUGAUUUGAAAUGCAAUCAAGCAUUUUAGUUUUAAAAUAAAUAACAAAGCGACCCUUGAAUAAUUAGCGUAAACAAUAAAUAAACCGUUCCAUUUUGUAAAUUGCAUUCAUGAAUGCAUGCGACUGUUUUUAGUCAUUGCUGUAAUAAAGGCUUUAUAAUAAAAAUAAAAAUAAAAACGUUACAACAGACUCUUUGGUACGCUUUUAAUUUAUUUUUGUUUACAUUGUUCCAAACGGUCAGAAUAAUUAUAUUGUAAUCUACAGUCGUGGUCAAACGUUUUGAGAAUGACACAAGUAUUGGUCUUCACCAAGUUUGCUGCUUCAGUGUUUUUAGAUAUUUUUGUCAGAUGUUACUAUGGUAUUGUCACAAACGAGACUCCCGCUGUUCCUCCUGCUCACCACCAGAGGGAACCCUCUCCUGAGUAUUAAACCCCUGAACUACAUUUCCCACAUACCUGGCUCUGAUUACCGUUGCACCUGACUCCCAUCAGUAGACUAUUUAGGUGCUCUCAAACUCUCUCUCUUUGCGAAGUCUUGUUAACCCUGGUGAUCAUUUCUGAGCGUUAUCGCCUGUGUCUGUCUGCCCGUGGAUUUACUCUGGACUGUUUUUCCCUCCUUGAUUCUUUGCUGCCUGCCCUGGACUAUAUUCUUUACUGGACUGAUGUUUGUAAGCUUGCUGCCUGCCCUGACCUUAUGCCUGUACCUGGAUUACGAUUUGCCUUAUCCCUACUGUUGUGUCUGCUGGCGAUUGACCCUGUUUGUACGACCCGUCAUGUCACUCCAACUGCUUAACUGGCAGCCCUUCACUCUCCAUUCAGACCGUCACGCUAAAGGACGAGCCGGCCCUUCUCCCCACUCUUCCCAUUGAAUACUCUGACCUCAUCGAAGCUUUUAGCAAGACCAAGGCGAUGGAACUCCCCCCCACCGAUCAAGCGACUGUUCCAUCGAACUAUUACCAGGCACAACACCACCUAAGGGCCGAAUCUUCCCCCUAUCACAACCCGAAUCAGAAGCCAUGAACAACUACAUCGAGGAGGAACUUUCGAAGGGGUUCAUUAGAACGUCGACAUCACCUGCAGCCUCUGGCUUCUUCUUUGUUAAAAAAAAAGACGGUGGCCUACGCCCUUGUAUCGACUACCGGGGUCUCAACGACAUCACCGUCAAGUUUCGAUAUCCUUUACCGCUGGUACCAGCUGCCCUAGAACAACUCCGCAAAGCCAAGUACUUCUCCAAACUGGACCUCCGCAGCGCCUACAAUCUCAUUCGCAUCCGGGACGGUGAUGAAUGGAAGACAGCCUUCUCUACCAGCACUGGGCACUAUGAGUAUUUGGUGAUGCCUUUCGGGCUGUCCAAUAGUCCGUCCGUAUUUCAGUCGUUUAUCAAUGACGUCUUUCGGGACAUGCUUAAUCGUUGGGUAAUUGUUUACAUCGAUGACAUUCUCGUCUAUUCCAACACCUAUGAGGAACACGUGCAACACGUGAGAACAGUAUUACAACGACUCAUUGAUCACCAAUUAUACGCCAAAGCAGAGAAGUGCGAAUUUCACCAGACUUCCACGUCUUUCUUGGGCUACAUCAUCAACCAGGAGGGAGUCGCCAUGGACGAGAAGAAGGUCAAGGCCGUUCUAGACUGGCCACUGCCAGUAACCUUAAAGGAGUUACAACGCUUCUUGGGAUUUGCGAACUUCUACCGACGCUUCAUCAGGAAUUUCAGCUCGGUAGCCUCUCCCUUAACCUCUAUGACUAAGAGAAAUGCACCACACCUCACCUGGUCAACUACAGCACAGGAGGCUUUCGCAGAACUCAAGUCACGUUUCACAUCUGCCCCCAUCCUCCACCACCCUAAUCCUGAAAUCCCGUUUACAGUUGAGGUGGACGCUUCUAAUACGGGCAUUGGAGCCAUCCUCUCACAGCGGCACGGAUCCCCACUCAAGCUCUAUCCGUGCGCCUAUUACUCCCGCAAACUUAGUCCAGCCGAACAGAACUACGACGUCGGAAACCGAGAACUGUUGGCCAUGAAAGCAGCUAUGGAGGAGUGGCGUCAUUGGCUGGAGGGAGCUAAACACCCGUUUGUGAUUCUAACUGACCACAAGAAUCUGGAAUACUUGCGAUCUGCCAAGAGACUGAAUCCCAGACAAGCGAGGUGGGCUCUCUUCUUUACACGAUUUGACUUCACCGUUACCUAUCGUCCCGGUUCAAAGAACACCAAAGCAGACGCAUUAUCACGCCAACACGACGGUGUAGUUCCCACUGAAUCCAAGGAAACCCUGCUUCCUGAGUCAUUAAUCGUGGCCCCUAUUCAGUGGGACAUCAUGACAGAGCUCACCCAGGCCAAUUCACAAAAGACCCCUCCUCCCGAAUGCCCCCCUAACAAAACUUUUGUACCUCAGGAUCUCUGUCAGAAAGUGCUACAGCAAGUUCACUCCGUACUCAGCUCCGGUCAUCCUGGAAUCGCUGCCACUGUUCACCUGCUUCAGAACAGCUUUUGGUGGCCAACCUUGCGGGCAGACACAAUAAAAUUCAUUAACGAAUGCACCACCUGUAACACAAGCAAACAUCUCAGACAACUACCAUCGGGCCUACUGCAACCACUGCCAGUUCCCCACCGACCAUGGUCCCAUCUUGCCAUAGACUUUAUUACCGAUCUUCCCAAGUCCAAUGGGAACACCACAAUACUCACUGUCAUAGAUCGCUUCUCCAAGGCCUGCCGGUUGAUUCCACUUCCCAAACUGCCCACAGCAUUGGAAACAGCCGAACUCAUGUGCAACCUUGUGUUUCGCUUCUAUGGCCUGCCUGAGGACAUCGUGUCGGACCGGGGGCCCCAAUUCACAUCCAGAGUAUGGUCAGCAUUCUUCCAACAACUCAACAUCAACAUUAGCCUCACUUCAGGAUAUCACCCACAAUCUAAUGGUCAGACAGAACGCCUCAAUCAGGAGAUCACCCGGUUUCUCAGAGCCUACUGUCAUCAGAACCAAGCAGACUGGAGUCGAUUCCUCAUGUGGGCGGAGUAUGCACAGAACUCACUCCAGAAACCCUCCACCGGUCUAACUCCAUUCCAAUGUGUAAUGGGCUUCCAACCUCCCCUAUUUCCAUGGUCAGGGGAACCCACCGAGGUACCCUCUGUCAACGACUGGCUCCAGAGAAGCGAGGACAUCUGGAGUCAGGCUCACACCCACUUGCUACGUGCUGUCAGGAGACAGAAGUUGCAGGCCAAUCGUCACCGUCGCCCCAAUCCUGAAUAUACUCCAGGUCAAUGGGUCUGGCUAUCCACUCGAGACCUACGCCUCAGACUUCCUUGCAAGAAACUCAGUCCCAGGUAUGUAGGUCCCUUCCAAAUUGUUAAACAGAUUACACCAGUUUCCUUCCGUUUGGCAUUACCCUCUAAUUAUCGUAUCUCUCCCACUUUUCAUGUAUCACUUCUCAAACCCGCUGGUGGUCCGAGAGCGGAGGAGGAGGAGCAGACCAGUGAUCAGGGCCCCCCACCCAUCUUGGUGGACGGCGAGGAGGCAUAUCAGGUUCGAGAUCUACUCGAUUCCAGACGCCGGGGCAGGCUCCUCCAAUAUCUGGUGGAUUGGGAGGGGUACGGACCGGAAGAGCGAUCCUGGGUUAAUACAGAGGACAUACUCGACCCCGCACUCAUGACUGAGUUCCAUAGGACGCACCCGGAGAAACCGGCCCCCCGACCUCGAGGAAGACCCCGGCGUCGUUCGCCUCUUCGCGUCAGGAGCCGCUCGCAGGGGGGGGGCUCUGUCACAAACGAGACUCCCGCUGUUCCUCCUGCUCACCACCAGAGGGAACCCUCUCCUGAGUAUUAAACCCCUGAACUACAUUUCCCACAUACCUGGCUCUGAUUACCGUUGCACCUGACUCCCAUCAGUAGACUAUUUAGGUGCUCUCAAACUCUCUCUCUUUGCGAAGUCUUGUUAACCCUGGUGAUCAUUUCUGAGCGUUAUCGCCUGUGUCUGUCUGCCCGUGGAUUUACUCUGGACUGUUUUUCCCUCCUUGAUUCUUUGCUGCCUGCCCUGGACUAUAUUCUUUACUGGACUGAUGUUUGUAAGCUUGCUGCCUGCCCUGACCUUAUGCCUGUACCUGGAUUACGAUUUGCCUUAUCCCUACUGUUGUGUCUGCUGGCGAUUGACCCUGUUUGUACGACCAAGAUUGUAAUAAAACUGCAAAUGGAUCCUCACUCUCCUGGAGCGUCAUUACAGGUAUACUGAAGUAUAAUUACAAGCAUUCCAUAAGUGUCAAAGGCUUUUAUUGACAAUUACAUAAUAUGCUUCCAGUCUGUUAUUCUAACUCAAUCAGCAUGACAGAGUGAUCUCCAGCCUUGUCCUCGUCAACACUCUCACCUGUAUUAACGAGAGAAUCACUGACAUGAUGUCAGCUGGUCCUUUUGUGGCGGGGCUGAAAUGCAGUGGAAAUGUUUUUUUGGGAUUAAGUUCAUUUUCAUGGCAAAGAGGGACUUUGCAAUUAAUCUGAUCACUCUUCAUAACAAUCUGGAGUAUAUGCAAAUUGCCAUCAUAAAAACUGAGGCAGCAGACUUUGUAAAAAUUAAUAUUUGUGUAAUUCUCAAAACUUUUGACCACCGACUGUAUACAGCACCUGUUUGGCACACAUAAUAUGCACACAGUGCUUUCGCCUUACCUUAUUUUUCUUGAUCUCCAGUAUUUUCCACAACUAGUCACAUUUAUUCCACACAUCUGACUUCCCCUUUACCUCCUGAGCAACCGGGAGGUAAAGGUGUUUGGAGUUUGUUAUAACCAAUUUAUUAAUGUGAUUAUGAAAUUCUAUAGGUCAUGCCCUAUUGGUCUUGUGCAUGCGAUGCAUACAUGUCUCACGUAAAGAGAGCAAGGGUUGAGGGAAUAGGGAAUGUUUUUCCUCAACAAAUGCAGGAUUUCGGUAAGAAAACUUUUCAGUCAGAAAUGGCUGUAAUUAUGUUGCAGCUUCAGCAACACCGACAGCGCGAUAAACACUGUUGAUGUUCUGUGGUGGUCACUGCAGCAGGGAGGAGAGAGAGACAACGGGUGCUAGUCACACAGGCACUCGCUGUCAUUUUUGUUUUUACACUGCGCAGCAAGUCUGAGCCCGGCACAAUCAAAUAAAUUGCAGUCGGACUCCCUCUAGUAAUUUGUGUGUCUUCAUUAAUUCAUCAAACAGAGCGCUUAAAGCAUCAGACAAGCUCAGUGCAUAUAGUUGAUUUGUUUAAAACACAUACAGUGGGGAGAAUAAGUAUUUGAUACACUGCCGAUUUUGCAGGUUUUCCUAUUUACAAAGCAUGUAGAGGUCUGUAAUUUUUAUCAUAGGUACACUUCAACUGUGAGAGACUGAAUCCAGAAAAUCACAUUGUAUGAUUUUUAAGUAAUUAAUUUGCAUUUUAUUGCAUGACAUAAGUAUUUGAUACAUCAGAAAAGCAGAACUUAAUAUUUGGUACAGAAACCUUUGUUUGCAAUUACAGAGAUCAUACGUUUCCUGUAGGUCUUGACCAGGUUUGCACACACUGCAGCAGGGAUUUUGGCCCACUCCUCAAUACAGACCUUCUCCAGAUCCUUCAGGUUUCGGGGCUGUCGCUGGGCAAUACGGACUUUCAGCUCCCUCCAAAGAUUUUCUAUUGGGUUCAGGUCUGGAGACUGGCUAGGCCACUCCAGGACCUUGAGAUGCUUCAUACGGAGCCAGUCCUUAGUUGCACUGGCUGUGUGUUUCGGGUCGUUGUCAUGCUGGAAGACCCAGCCACGACCCAUCUUCAAUUCUCUUACUGAGGGAAGGAGGUUGUUGGCCAAGAUCUCGCAAUACAUGGCCCCAUCCAUCCUCCCCUCAAUACGGUGCAGUCGUCCUGUCCCCUUUGCAGAAAAGCAUCCCCAAAGAAUGAUGUUUACACCUCCAUGCUUCACGGUUGGGAUGGUGUUCUUGGGGUUGUACUCAUCCUUCUGCUUCCUCCAAACACGGCGAGUGGAGUUUAGACCAAAAAGCUCUAUUUUUGUCUCAUCAGACCACAUGACCUUCUCCCAUUCCUCCUUUGGAUCAUCCAGAUGGUCAUUGGCAAACUUCAGACGGGCCUGGACAUGCGCUGGCUUGAGCAGGGGGACCUUGCGUGCGCUGCAGGAUUUUAAUCCAUGACGGCGUAGUGUGUUACUAAUGGUUUUCUUUGAGACUGUGGUCCCAGCUCUCUUCAGGUCAUUGACCAGGUCCUGCCGUGUAGUUCUGGGCUGAUCCCUCACCUUCCUCAUGAUCAUUGAUGCCCCACGAGGUGAGAUCUUGCAUGGAGCCCCAGACCGAGGGUGAUUGACCGUCAUCUUGAACUUCUUCCAUUUUCUAAUAAUUGCGCCAACAGUUGUUGCCUUCUCACCAAGCUGCUUGCCUAUUGUCCUGUAGCCCAUCCCAGCCUUGUGCAGGUCUACAAUUUUAUCUCUGAUGUCCUUACACAGCUCUCUGGUCUUGGCCAUUGUGGAGAGGUUGGAGUCUGUUUGAUUGAGUGUGUGGACAGGUGUCUUUUAUACAGGUAACCUGUUCAAACAGGUGCAGUUAAUACAGGUAAUGAGUGGAGAACAGGAGGGCUUCUUAAAGAAAAACUAACAGGUCUGUGAGAGCCGGAAUUCUUACUGGUUGGUAGGUGAUCAAAUACUUAUAUCAUGCAAUAAAAUGCAAAUUAAUUACUUAAAAAUCAUACAAUGUGAUUUUCUGGAUUUUUGUUUUAGAUUCCGUCUCUCACAGUUGAAGUGUACCUAUGAUAAAAAUUACAGACCUCUACAUGCUUUGUAAGUAGGAAAACCUGCAAAAUCGGCAGUGUAUCAAAUACUUGUUCUCCCCACUGUAUACGGAAAAAUACACGUUUAAAAAUUUGACCAAACGAUUGGUCGAAAGAACAGAUCGUCCAAUAUUUUUUUUAGUUCCUCUCCCUGUAUCCCCACUAGCCUCUCCCCCUGCCCCUUUCCUCUCCCUGUAUCCCCACUAGCCUCUCCCCCUACCCCUUUCCUCACCCUGUAUCCCCACUAGCCUCUCCUCCUGCCCCUUUCCUCUCCCUGUAUCCCCACUAGCCUCUCCCCCUGCCCCUUUCCUCUCCCUGUAUCCCCACUAGCCUCUCCCCCUGCCCUUUCCUCUCCCUGUAUCCCCACUAGCCUCUCCCCCUGCCCCUUUCCUCUCCCUGUAUCCCCACUAGCCUCUCCCCCUGCCCCUUUCCUCUCCCUGUAUCCCCACUAGCCUUUCCCCCUGCCCCUUUCCUCUCCCUGUAUCCCAACUAGCCUCUCUCCCUUCCCCGUUCCUCUCCCUGUAUCCCCACUAGCCUCUGCCAUGCCCCUUUCCUCUCCCUGUAUCCCCACUAGCCUCUCCCCCUGCUCCUUUCCUCUUCCUGUAUCCUCACUUUGCCAUGUUCGCCAUCAUGUCUGACAAGAUUACAUGGUAGAUUUGUAAAACACCCCAAUGUGGAGUGUAUCAGAAAAAGUGAAAGCAGAUGGGAGGGGGUUGAAAAGGAAGAAAAAACUAAACAAGAAGCCAUCUCACAGUGUCCAUGACCAAUGGCUAAUUCCAAAGUGGCCUAAGCCCCUAAAAGGAGCCAGUCCGAUCUGGAAUGAUUAGUCCACUAUUGUCCGGGGCAGCUUGUGGAUUGCUGCUCGAGUGCACCUCAGAAAUACAUUGCGGAUUAAGGCGCUUAGGAGAGAGAGCAUCUCUCUGUCAACCUGUCCCUGGGACUCCACUCCCUAGGGUGCAAUACAAACACUCCUUAAUACCAAAAGACCCAAACAUACAGGCACUUAGCAACAACCUGUGUAAAGGCAAAAUAUAGAUAUUUCUGUACUUAGGUAGGCAUAAUUUCCGUAUCAAGUUUAAUGUGUGUGUAUGUCAUUACAUGCCUUUAUAAUAAGUAUUCUCUAGUAAUAUUUAGCGUGUGUGUGUGUGUAUUGUCCUAGGCCUACACGCUGAAGGACUACAAGCAGCUGAAGCAGGAUGUGAAUCUUGGAGGCCUUGGGCCUGAUUACACCACCACAAAAAUUACAGUAAGUGCCUCUGCCUACCUAAAACCAGUCGUCAUACCAAAUGAAUAAUAUACUCCUAUGGCUUCCAGCAAUUCUGUACCCUAUGCUUUACUUUAUUCAGCAAUCUUAAAUCUGAACUUUUUUUUAAGUGUUUGUUUAAAAAAAAUAAAAGGAAUGUAGGUCUAAAACAGACAACGGUAAUAAUUAGAUGCUUCAUAAAUCCAUUUACCCGGUUCAUUUUAUUCGGCUGAUGAUCUUCAAUAGCCUCUUUGUGCUUCCAUUAUAUCCCGCCCCUCUGUCCCUGUUUCUCAUUAAAGACUUGUCUCGUUCUGAACAGAUUCAAUUGGAUUCACAAAGCAAAUGAGAGUAGCCCUGGAAGGUUGAAUGGUAUUUGGGGUCUGAUGUAUCUUUUGUUAAUCCCUGAGAGUAAAAAGUGAGCAUGUAUGGCCAAUUUGCACUAGAUUGAGGCCGUCUCUGUCUCUAGGGUCGGCCCUAUUAGUGAAUGAUAUGUGUAAAUGUUGAUAGGCCUGCUGAAUGGUUUGUUGUAUUUGGUUUUGUUGGGCGGUGUGGAGAGGCUCCGCCGAGGUAUACACAAAGCGAAUAGGGCCUUAAGGGAGAAAUGGCCCAGUUAAUUAAACCCACUCUUUUGUAAUCUCCCCAUCUACUCCCUCUCUUUCUUUCUCUGUUCAUUCACAACGUGGCCCAGGCCGAGAAAAUGAGACGACAGAAGCUGUAUUCAAAUGUGAUCCGCGAGCAGAACAAGAAGAUAAGUAGGAUUCCCUUUCUGCCAGCCGCCAGGAACCCAGUGGGCAGCAACAACAAGGACAACAUGGUUCCCAGGAGGAAGGUAACAGAGAGAGAGACUGAGAGAGAAUCAGAAACAGAAAGAGAAAGAGAAUCAGAGAGAAAAUCAGAGAGAGGGAGAGGGAGAGAGUCAGAUAGAGGUGGAAAAAUGGCGACAAAGAGAGAGAGAGAGAGAGAGAGAUAAAGAAGAGAGAGAAAAAAGAUUGAGAGAGAGAGUACAUCGCUUCAAGUGCAUCCAUCUCCUUCCGGUUUCUUCAGUCAAUUUGUCCAUCAUUAUCUGUCAGCUCCAUCACACAAUGUGGUGUCUUUGUCUCUCAGAUAAUGGGAGACAAUUACUGCAUCCUCUGGAAAACAAUAGGCUCAUUGUCUGUAUUGCACUUCCAGUCGCCAUUUUUGUUAUUUACAGAUAACAAAUGAAUCCCCAUGCACUGAAAUGUCACUUGAUGGCGAGUUUGAGAUCAAUUAAAGACACAUCAACAUUUUGUUACAAAGUUGGAUCCUCAAGUUCAAUCGGCCAUUUGAAAGCAUAGUUUUUUCCCCAGUUCUUGCAGUUAUACCUUCCCCUCCAUCUCCAAACUUUAUUUAUGUAAAACUUUAUUUAAAUCCUACAGGUAUAAUGCUUUAUUACUUGUUUAUUACUUGUAAGCGUGAGUCUUUAUGUUAUCUUAUGUCUUUAUAGCAAAUGUUCUAUUGACUCAAGGUGGCUGUGAUUUAGUCAGGAGGGAUGAUAUGGGAAAUUAUAAGAGCAUGUUCAUAGAAAGUCUUACAAUGCAUUAUAACAGUAUUAUAAGGCAUCAUCAUUAUACCUGGCAGUGUUACAUAAAAUGUUACCUUUAUUUCCAUUGGAUUUCAGGCCCUGGAGUACGCCAGGAGCAUCCUGAGGCCCAAGGUGGCGACCCAGGCCCAGCAGCCCAAGACCAGAGAGCCAGAGAUGGCCCAGGGGGCCCUUAGGGGCAACACUUGCCUCCUGGAGGGCCUCGACCUAUCCCAGCUGGCCACACUGGAGGCCCUGAGGAAACGGCACGAGCAGGAGAAACAGACUGUGGCCCGCUUCAAGGUGGUGCAUGCCAUCUGA